GGUGUUUAUGGGCAUUGCGGCGAAGGCAGUGAAGAUGUCGGAGAGAGGGAGGAAGUACAUGAGGAGGCCCUCGGGGAACUAAAAGGCAACGCGCUUGGCGCCGGUAUAAAGAACGCGCCGAACGCAUUUGUGGACCUCGAAGUUGUAGUUGUGAGGGAGAACGGAGAUGGCGGCGUUGAGGGCCGCGUCAUUGAGGAUGGAAUCGGGGACUCGGUUCUUCACAAACUGCUUCGGCGUUGCGGAGGGAGGUGGAAGGGAAAGACAGCCGUUGACGUCACCUACGACACUUGUUAUGUCGGCGACUUCUCCACCGCUGCACUCUCUGCCGACCUCCUCAUCCAUUACGGCCACAGCUGCCUUGUCCUUAUCGAUUCCACCACCAUCCCCUGUCUCUACAUCUUUGUCGACAACAAAAUCAACGUUUCCCAUUUCGUUGAUACCGUUAAAUUGAACCUCGAAUCUCGCGCCCAGAACCUCGUAUUAGAUGGUAAUAUUCAGUUUACAUUUUCAAAUAGGGUUGCGAAGCUGAAAUUGGAGAAAUCAGGAUUUAGGGUUUUGGUACCGCAGUCCAAGCCUCUUUCGGCCGGUGAGGUUCUUGCCUGUGCUGCUCCCAAAGUUUUAUUAAUUGAUUCAUUUAGUGAGAAUCUUGAGAAUAGCAUUUAUGUAUUUGUACCUGAUGGAAGGUUUCAUCUUGAGGCGAUCAUGAUAGCUAAUCUUGGGAUUAAGGCUUUUAGGUAUGACCCUUACAUUGAGAAGAAGUUUCUGGAAGAGUAUGAUCACGUGGGAAUAAAGGAAUCUAGGAAAGGUGCAAUUUUGAGAGCGGGGGAGGAAGCUCGGAAUUGGGGUGUUGUUUUGGGGACUUUGGGUAGGCAAGGAAAACCUAAGAUUCUGAAGAUAUUGGAAAAGAAUAUGAAGGAAAAAGGGUUCCUUUACACUGUUUUCUUGAUGUCUGAGAUUAACCCUGCAAGGAUUGCAUUGUUUGAGGACACCGUGGAUGCUUGGAUUCAGAUUUCUUGUCCUCGGUUAUCGAUUGAUUGGGGUGAUGUUUUUGGAAAACCAGUGCUCAAUCCCUUCAAGGUAGAGAUCGCGUUGGGGGUGAUACCUGGCUGGUGGGAGAAGAAAAAACUGUAUUGCAGUGUAAGUUGCCAGAAGAGAGGUGAUUCUUCCUGUGAGUGUAGCUGUAGAGAAGAUGAAAAUGGAAAUGGAAAGAGCGAUUUUAGUGGUGAAUAUCCAAUGGAGUAUUAUUCUCAAGAUGGUGGGGAGUGGAAUUCCUCUUAUGUGAAGAAGUCUUCUCGUCCUGUAAGGAGAAUUUCUGUAUCUUCGGUUGCUACUAGUGCCAUUUUUCAGCAGUCUUAA